AAUCAAAUGUUGAAGGACUUAAUCGAACAGUUUAAGGUAAUAAUGCCCUGCGGCGUUCCCGAUCUCGGCGUGCCUGUUCUAGCACCAUUCGAGCUCGAACAUACUGCUUUUGAUUUCGAGCAGAAAGGACUUCUGUAUUUGGAUGCUGAAAUAAAUAAUCUAUUGGUAGACGAUUUAAACAAGUUUGACGUGGUUAAUGUGGAUUUGAAACUGCUCCAAAUGCAGCUGGAUUUCAGUUUCUACUUUGAGUCAGUUAAAACUACGGGAAAUUAUAAAGCCAAAGGAUCCGCUAUAGGAUUUAUUCCGUUCAACCGUGGAGGAAAGUUUGCAUUCAAUUUCAAUGGUCUCACACUUGACGGAACGAUUAAAGUACAAAUCGACGGCGAUAAAUUAUCUGUAAAGGAUUUUAAGUUGAAACCCACGGUCAAAUCUGUUAAUUCAAAGUUCGAGGGAAUCUUCUUUCUUCCACUGAACACAUUUAUUUUCAAUAAAAUUGUGGAAGCGGCCGUGCCUAGUUUCCUAAGGGACAAUAAAGAGCAGGUGGCUUCCUAUUUGGAGGAUAUGAUCAAACCGCAAGUGAACGAGAUGUUGCAAGACUAUUCGCUGGAAGAUCUGAUGGAUUUAAUUGGAAAUUCAAACGGUUCCGUACUACCGGAGAGCUGCUAA